ACAUACUCCCGCCAAAUCUGACUGACGACAAGCGCGAGGCAGCAAGGAGUUCCAAAGGGAUCGCGUGUGAGAUGAGGAAAGAGUAACAUGUAGCUACUUAGUCUUAAAAAUAGUAAAACACAGUCAAUUGUAUAUUAUAUUUUGCAGAAUAACAGUGUUACUCUGGAAGACCUGUCAAUAUUGCGACAUCAUAUGGUUUUGUUAUUUUGCCACUGUUUUCCGCACAAGGAUAUCAAAAGUGAGGGAAGUUUCGGAUGGUGAUGCUGGCGGCGGAAGAUCCAUCCGUGGACGGGCAUUUAGCAUCCACUCCACGGAGGAGAGGUAUGGAUGGCAAAGUCAAACCCAGCAAUGCCAAUAAGAAGCUUGUUCAGGCCCGCCUUCCAUUUAAGCGUCUGAACCCAGAGCCCAAAGAGACCAGUGAACCCAAAAGAACUCGUGCCCUUCCCUGCCCAGAGCCUGGGCUCUCAGAUGGGGAGAAUGAAUCUGAAAUUUCCCCGCUACCCAUGCGUCACGGACCAGCAUUGGUUAACGGCCGCGGACCCCUGGAUGGAUUCAUGAGUCACAGCAGCCAAACCUCCCCUGCCAAAAUAAUAGUUGUUUUCACUGAGGACUUCAAUUCAACUGACCCUCUAAAACAGCAACCUGCAACACCCAUUUCUGCCUUGUGUCCUCCCACAAAAAACAACCACCAAAGCAAAACCCUGAGUGCUGUAACGGCCACCAAAACAGACCACACUGCCAAAACAGGGCAAUUAGACUGCAAGGUGGGGGAGGAGCAGGAAGGGGAGGACACUGCAUCAAUCUCACAGCUAGAUACAACACAGGGAUCUGACAUAGAGGAAGAAGAAGAGGAAGAGUCUUUCAACCCUGAUAUGUCCAGUCAUGGGAAUGGGUCCAUGCUGUCUCCUUCAUCCACCAGCUCUCUGUCAGCGGCCGAGAGCUCCCCAGAGGCUGUCAAGACGGAGAACAAUCGUACUGUCUCGGAGCCACAUUCCACCCCUAAAAUAGAGCAGAAAACAGUGAAAAGACUCUCUAUAAAGAGUUUGCAGGAGCAAGCGGAAAGGCUACACCAGCGCCAAGAGAGAGAGCGGCAGCGGGAGGAGGCUAAAGCGGUUAAAGAGAAGAAAAAAGAGGAGGCUCGCAAACUGAAAGAGGAGAGAGAGAGGGAAAGAAAGGAGAAAAGGGAGAAAGAAGAGUGUGAAAAAAGAGAGAGAAAAGAAAAAGAGGAAAAGGAAAAAGCAGAGAAAUUAAGAGCGAAAGAGGAAAAACUUGAAGGCAAGAGAAAGAAAGAGGAGGAGAAACGGUUGAAAGAAGAGAAGGAUAGGCUCAAAGCAGAGAAAGCAGAGAUAACAAGAUUCCUACAGAAACCGAAGACUCCUCAGCAUGCCUCAAAGACCCUUGUGUCUGCCUGUGGAAAGUUUGCUCCAUUUGAGAUAAAGGAGCACAUGGGUCUGGCGCCGCUGACACGGGUCCAGUGUGAGGAGGCAGUCCUGGAUGAACUGGACCGGUACCUGGCUAAGCCUGAUGGAAGCCUGCACGGCCUGAGCGACUGGACCAGUAAUGAGCCCCGCAGAUCAGGCCCAACCAAGCCCAGAAGCACAGACUCUAUGAGGGAGUGUAUGGUGAUAGUUAAGGGGCCUAAACCGGACGGUGUGCCUGACCGGCAGCGCUACGGCCGCAUGAAGCUCCUUCAGUUCCGUGAGAACUACCGGCCUGCCUACUGGGGCACGUGGAGUAAAAAGAGCCCCCACAUCUCCCCACGUUACCCUCUCAGACAGGACAAGGUCCUGUUGGAUUAUGAAGUAGACAGUGAUGAGGAGUGGGAGGAGGAGGAGCCAGGAGAGUCCCUGUCACACAGUGAAGGGGAGGAUAAUGAUGAGGGAGGUGAAAAUGACGAUGAUGAUGAGGAUGGUUUCUUUGUACCCCAUGGUUACCUAUCAGAUGGCGAGGGGGCAUUGGAGGAGGAAGAGGAGGGUGGCGACCCAGAGAAGCAGAAGGUUCGUCAGAAGCUGAAAGCCCGGGAGUGGGAUGAGCUGAUGGCCAAGAAGAAGGUGAAGGUGCUGGAGGCGGUGGUGAGAGGCUGUGUAUGGGAGGGAGAGGGUCCUCCUCUGGAGCUAUUCCAGCAAUUCGCUGUGUGCCUGGUAGAACCCCUGCCAAAGCCGGAGCCCACCACCCCAGAGGACUACGCACAGAAACUACAACAGAAACUACAAGAAGAUGAGCAGCUGCUGUCGCAGUUGCUGCCACUGCUCCAUGGAAAUGUGAACAGCAAUAAGGUGAUCAUCACAGAGUUCCAGGAGUUUUGUCGCCAGAAAUUGACCUCUACUAUUUCCAGCCCCCAGAACUCGGGAGACAUUCCCACCAGGAUCCGUUUGAAGCGCCUUAUCAAGGGAAAUGCCAUGUAUGAGAAGCGCUCGGACUACAGACGCUGCUGCUGGUACAUACACACAGAGGUCCUGGCUCGCUUCAGCCAGGAGGCUCUCCCUGUGCCCUGCCAGUGGAACUACCUCACCUCUGGGGCCCAUGUGUCCUGUGAAGAAGCCUCGGCGGCCAAAGGCUCACAGGGCAACUCCCCAACCACCCCACAGACCUCCACCACACCCUCCUCCUCCAACAAAAGGAAGAGUGCCGGCAGCAUGUCCAUCACCAAGUUCAUGAAGAAGGCUGCCGACCCUGAGCAGGCUCAUGAGAUGGAUGGGUUCCAGGCAGACACAGAGGAGGAUGAAACGGACUGCGUCAUAAUCCGUACACAGAAAGGAUCUUCCAGAAAGGAUACCUCCCCCACAGAGAAUGAGCACACAGAAAAAAUUGAGGUGACCCCCCUCUGAUACGACUGCUCUCCCCCUGCUCCGGCCCAUUCCCACCCCGGCCACCACCUAAGAACUGCCCCGACUCUGGGGGUGUGUACCCAGUGUCAAAUAGAAUCAGGUCUUCAAUCAAGAUAACAUUCUGUAGUGGCACACAUGCCACCCACACAGUAUUACUUCCCACUCUGCAUGUAAAAAUGAAAGUGUCUGAGAAACUUA